AUGGUGAAGUUCCUGCUGCUCGCUCUUGUGUUAGGUGUGUCCUGUGCACAUCAUAACAAUCCUGACAUCACUCCCUCAGAGGUAUCGGGAAAUUGGCGCACCCUUUACAUAGGUGCAGAUAAUGUGGAGAAGGUACUCAAAGAUGGACCUUUGAGAGCUUAUUUUAAGCACAUGGAGUGCAGUGACGAAUGCCAGACACUCACAAUCACAUUCAAUGUCAAGGUGGAAGGCGAGUGCCAGACACACACAGUUGUGGGAAGAAAAGAGAAAGAUGACCUGUAUAUGACAGACUACUCUGGUAAAAAUUAUUUUCAAGUUGUAAAGAAGUCAGAUGACAUCAUCAUCUUUCACAAUGUUAAUGUUGACAACAGUGGAAAGGAGACAAAUGUGAUUUUGGUUGCUGGGAAAGAAGAGAGUCUGAGCAAAGCACAGAAACAGGAGCUUAAGGAGCUGGCCAACAAAUUCAAUAUUCCAAAUGAGAAUAUCCAGCACUUGGAGCCCACAGACACUUGUCAUCAAUAAAGACCCUGUAUGGCUUCACAGAUGACAGCAAGAUCAGGAGUAUUUCCCACAUCACUUUUUCCGUGAAAACAGAAUCAUGACAAUGAAGAUAACUCACCUUUCAUUUUUUCUUUUCAUCUUGCCUAUGAAGCCCGAAUCUCUGAAGCAAGAUUAUCUCUGCUUCAUGGAUUUUCUUCCCAUCCUCCUACCAUAGUACUGACUCUUCCACUGAUUAAAUAAAUUGAUUUCUCAUGCAUACAUUUCUGUCUUCAAUCAGCAUGAUAUAAUAAUAACCAACAAACAAAAAUAUGCACUCCACUCUAACUAUUAAAAAAUAUUCUACUUUGGGAUGACUAGUUCAGAGAAGUAAUUGCCAUUGCAAAUGACCUGGGUUCAGUUCCUAUCAACCACAUGGCAGUGCACAAACAUCUGUAACUCUAACUCGAGGGAAAUCUGCACCCUCUUCUGGACUCCACAGGUACUGCAUCCAACUGGUUCACAUACUCUUAAACAGACACACAAAUUAAAAAAUAAAAUAAAUCUUUUAAAAAAUGUGAUUAACCAGGCAAGGUGGUGCAUACUGUUAAUUCCAGGACUUGGGAAGCAGAGGAAGGUGUAUUUCUGUGAGUUCAAGGCCAUCAUGGUCUAUAUAUUGAGUUCUAGGACAGCCAGGGCUACAUAGUGAGACCUUGUCUUGAAACAAAUCAAAAUGUAAAUCAAUAAAAAAUAAGAUA